AUGGCUAAAGUCGAAAUAUCCGAAACAGGCCGUGGUAAACCAGCAGUUCAACUUGAAGGAUAUAGUUAUAGAACUGAACGUCAUCAAAAAGAAUCGAUCUCAUGGAAUUGUCGGGAAUAUGGUUGUCCUGGUGGAGCUCCAAAUUCGCACGGUCCAGAUCCAGAAAAAGUUGUUGUUGAUAUGAAAAAAAGAUGUGAGCAUCAACUUCCAUACGCUGCUUUUCAAGCAUCUAGUCAAAUUGUCACUGAUCCACAAAUAGCAGCCACAAUACCCAGUUUUGAAAGUCUUAGGUCUACAUUAUAUCGACAUAAAGGAAAUAAAAAUGAAUCACCGAUACUAACAUCGUGGCGAAAUCUUUGUAUUCCUGAUAAAUAUGGAAAAUUGCGUACAGGAGAAAAUUUCCUACAAGUUCAAAGUUCAGGAUAUGUGAUACUCGCGACAGAACACGGGCUUCGUUUCUUGUUUAAUGCUACAGAAGUCCAUGUUGAUGGCAACUUUAAAGCUGCACGAACGUCACAGGCCGGUGGAACACCUUUUUACAGAAUUAUUCUCAUUUUUCGGUCUAUUCCAUAA